UCAGAGGAGUCUUUUUCUGGUCUUGAACGAAGUUCCGCUAUCAGGGGGGGUUUAAUGGCGAAUCUACUUAGAAAUCGAAAGAGGGUUUUCCCUUUAUGUCGUGCUCCUGAUGGAAGUGCCUCCCAAAAAUGUGAUUUAUGUGGGGUUUCAGUUGCAAUUGCCAUUUAUGAUAUGCAUGAAUGUAAGCUAAAACAAGGAAGAAAAGGAGGAAAGAAGAGAAACAAAAAAUGUGAAUCAUUUAGUAAGGAUGAUGAUCAAAGAAAGGCUAUGAAGUGUGAAGAUGAUGGAAAUAAUCAAACUAUUGAUGAUGGUGGAAAGGGUUUCUCUGACCAACCAAGAUCAGCUUUUUGCUUUUUCAUAGAAAGUUUACAAAAGGGUAAUUUUUUCGAUGCUGAUAAAGGGUUUGAAAAAUGGGAGUGUAUGUCAUUUAAGGAAAGAAGCCCUUUUGUCAUUGAAGCUGAAAAGGUGAAUUUAGCUUAUGAGAGUAUCUUACUCAAAGAGGUCCAGGUUGAACCACUGGUAAUGUCAACUAUCAUCAUAUCUGCAUUGAUUGCUUACAUUUCCAUGAAUUCGAUAAGUGUAUUGUACCUGGCUAUAUGUCAGUAUGUAUUAUGCGAUCCUGAUGGAAGAUAUCAAGUGUGCGCGAUUUAUGACGAUGUGUUAUAUCUGAUACUGAUGGAAGUUAUAAAGCAAGUUAUGCUUGUUUGA